GAGAGGAGGACGAGAGGGAGAAGAGGAGGAGAGGAGAGGAGGAAGAGAGGGAGAAGAGGAGGAGAGGAGGAGAGGACGAGAGGGAGAAGAGGAGGAGAGGAGAGGAGGAAGAGAGGGAGAAGAGGAGGAGAGGAGAGGAGGACGAGAGGAAGAAGAGAAGAGGAAUGUGGAUGCUGUAGAGAAACAGGGAUCCCUGAUCACACUGGCCUGGAGCAAACCAGCAAGCAACAAUACACAGGAAGUGACCUCAGCUCUACCUGAAGCACGGGCCACAGAGGCGACGUCUGCAGACUCACACACUCCGGACCACACACACUCGGGUUUAUCCCAGCACGAACACACACCGCGUGCACAGGCACACACACUGGUGGAGCCGCUACAGGAGCAGUCCACAUCCAGCAUGGAGACUCAGAACGAGAGCAGCAGCGAUGAACACGGAACAACAUCAGCAGCUCUGGACCUCAACUCUGAGACACGCACACAGGAGGCAGUGUGUGAGGGAGUGUGUGAGGGAGUGUGUGAGGAACAGCAGCUCCAGCGAGAGGCCACCAUGAGUAGCCUCAUCAUCAUCCAGAGAAAAGCAGAGCAACGCUGGCAACGAGACCGAGACCGACAAAUCCUUAGACUUCAGGAGCGACUAUCAAUCGUUCAGAACAGGAAGUCAGACGAGGACCUGCUGGGACUGAGACGCGAGGAAACAUUCAGACAGCUGACCAACACACUGCAGCAGGAAGAUGAGCAGCAGCAGAAGGUGUUGGUCAGAGAGAAACUGCAGCAGCUGUGGAGAGAGCGUUCUUAUAUUCUACAGUCCAGAAGAGAGAGGAAUACGGCUGAAUUUAAGGAACUCCUCACACCUACAACUCAGUGUCCGACGAAUUCAGAAGAUGUGCUCAACACACGUACACACACACACAUCAACACCACACACACACACCUACCUGACAUUCCCUGACAGCGUUGUCCUGUUUGUGUUAAAGGUGCAGUCUGGUUAUUUAAAAGUUCUUCUAAACCUGUAAUAAUCAGCCACUUUUACAGAAACUGGAAUUCACAGCACUGACAUGCGUCGAAACAUCUCACACUUCUGUUCACGUUUUUCUGGUCCUGCAGUAAACUCUACACCUGCGGCCUGAAUAUAACCCGAGAUAAACUAGACAUAAAACUAAAAUCCUGAUCUUCCGUACAGAUGAUCAGGAAGUCAGUGGAUCGUUAAAGUUCCCUUCUAAUUAUUUGUGCUCCACAGAAUUCUCCAGCAACGGUGAAGUCUUCACUACGAACACUAAAGGGUUAACGUUGAUGCGUCAGAUUUAUAUCACUUUGCUCGCAGCUGAUUGGUCCAAUUUGGGUUUGUGAUCUCUUACCCAGAAUAAAAACCCGCUCCGGAGCAGGUUAGCCAUGUAGUGCAAGUUACCACGGUGAUGAAACCCGCUGAAAAUCAGUCCAUCUUGUUUGCUCGAAACUCAAACUUACUUUCGUAUCCACGGAAACCGGCUUCGUGCCACAGGCCUCGGGUUGAGAAGCUGUGGAAGUUCGUCUUUAUUUUCACUGUAAAUGCAAUUCGACUUCCAGACACCAGAGGGAACUAGACAAACAUUACAAACUGCAGCUUCAAAUUUUCAUUUAAAAAAUGCUAGCAUGCUAAUAUUAAAGGUGCGAUCAGUGAUUUUUUUUUUUUUUAAGUGUAAUUUAGAUUCACUCAGAUUAUAAAUCAAAGAAACAAAACACUUUGUGAGAUCACCAACAUCCAGCCAAUCAGGACAAAGAGGUGUGUCUAUUUACUUAAUAAUGUUGCAUUCAGGUGUUCCAGCCCUGACAGUGUGUGUGUGGGUGUUUUGUGGGUGUGGCUUUCAAUAUCUAACAGGAGGCUCAGUAUUUGAUGCCUUUUGGAUUUAAAAUGCUACGUUGCUAAAAUUGCUGAUUGCACCUUUAAUGCUGAUGUUAUUAAUGUGUGUGCUGGUGGAGGCACAACAUUCCUUUAAAAAAAAAAAAAAAUGACAGACAAGUGUGUAUUACACACGUAAACUCUUUUAUUGAACUUUUCGACAAUGUGUUGUCUUGAUUCUGGCACUGUUUCAGAAGUGUGUGUGUAUGUGUGUGAGAUUAUAACUUAAAUCCUAUACACAAUUGCUUUAAAGUUUAAAUAUUCAGUAACAUAUACAGUAUAUAAAAGUCUACAAUGAUAAUGUCGGUGGUAAUGAAUUAAAAACAACCCAUUCUAUAUAUCUUUUCUUUGCUUCUUGUUAUUCGUUUAAAACGCGUGAACGUUUCUUUAUUGGAAUGGAAGAUGGAGGUUCUAGUUUAGCAUUCCAGUCUUAGUCGAAGUGAAGGAGUUAUUCAGUGUGCAUUCGGCGGUUUACAGGACGGAGGGAUGAGAGGAGAGGAGAUGAGACGGGGG